UAAGAUGGGCACCCCGGUUGCCGCCUCCCUCCCCUCCCAACGGCGCCAAAGCCACAAAGCCGUGUUCCUCUGCUCCGCGAGCAGCCGAACAGAGCGACCACUCUCCAGAGCGCUCCCCAUGGCGUCAGGAGCUGCGGCAGCCCCUGCCGUUCAGACCGUGGUGCUGAGGGUGUCCAUCCACUGCCAUGGCUGCAAGAAGAAGGUCCGGAAGGUGCUAAGGAGCAUCGAAGGCGUGCAGAGCGUGACGGUGGACGCCGCGCAGCACAAGGUGACGGUGACGGGGACCGUGGACGCCAGCACGCUCGUCCAGAGGCUGCACAAGUCCGGCAAGAAGGGGGUGCCCUGGGAUUGCCACCCGCCCGCCAACAAGACCGAGGCCGCGCCUGCUCCGGCGCCGGCGCCGGAGGCCCUGCCGCCUCCGGCGGCGAAGCCUGCCGGUGACGCCGGCAAGGAUGCUGCUGCUGCGGCGGCGGCGGACAAGAAGCCGGAGGAGGCGGUGAAGGAGCCGAAGGCCGAGAGCCCCGAGAAGAAGAAGCCAGAGGAGGCGGUGAAGGAGCCGAAGGCCGAGAGCCCCGAGAAGAAGAAGCCGGAGCAGGAGGGCGCCGGCGCAGAGAAGAAGCCGGAAGCAGAGUCGAAGGCGGAGAAGAAAGUGGAGGCGAAGAAGGAGGGCGGUGAUGACGAGGCAGCUGAGCCCAAGGCCAAGGGCGCAGAGCCCGCAAAGGAAGAAGCGAAGGAGGCCGUCGCCGCCGCUACCAAGGAUGAGGACGAGGCGAAGAAGGUGAAGGACGAAAAGCCCAAGGACGCCGGCAAGGCAGAGCCCGCCGCCGUGACGGAGAGGUCCCUGUCCUCGCCGCCACCGCCGGCGCCCAAGCACGCGUACUACGAGGAGGAGUACCGCCGCCCCUACUACCCGACGCCGCAGCCGGUGCUGAGCUACCACGCGGCACAGCCGAGCGCGAGCGUGUCCUACUUCGCGCCGCAGCCGCACGCGGCGGCGUACUCCAUGCAGCAGCCGCAGCCGCAGGCGGCGUACUCGACGCACCAGCCGCCGCAGCAGCAAAUGCGGCAGUGGUCGCCUUCGUACCUGUACCUUCCGUACCCGCACGCGGCGCCGGAGCCGUACCACCACCAGGACUACUAUAGCCCGCCGGGGAUGCACGCGUCGCCACCGCCGAUGCAGGACUCGUACCGCAUCUUCGACGACGAGAACCCCAACUCCUGCAGCGUCAUGUGAGAGUUGACCGGCGCGCCCGCCCCGGCCGCCGCCGGCCGCCGUGCCGUGGGCAAGUAGUUGGGGAGGCGGCACCGCAACCGCAAUAGAGACCUCUCUGUGGUUGUAGGUAGAGUAGCCUGUUACUCUCUUCCACUAAGAGGUCAAACCUCUCUCCAUGACAGAGCCUCUCCUCUUUUUCCAUUUUCUUUAUUAUCCUUUUACUGUUCUAAUCAAGUAAUUAUAGAGCAUGUAAAUUGUAAUGAGAUACGCCCUUUACUUGUAGUUAAUUCCACUACGUCUAUGCCGGCUACUAAUACAGAGCAUGCCAGAUUAUACUACUAUAAAGAUUUUUAUAUAGAGAAAGAAA